AUGUUAAAGAAAAACUACACAGUAGUGACUGAGUUUAUUUUCCUAGGACUGACAGAUCGAGCAGAGCUUCAGCCUGUGCUCUUUGUGGUAUUCCUGCUCGUUUACCUCAUCACGGUGACUGGUAAUGUGAGCAUGAUCUUCUUAAUCAGAAGUGACAGCAAGCUUCACACACCCAUGUACUUCUUCCUCAGCCAUCUCUCCUUUGUAGACCUCUGUUAUGCCACCACUGUUGCCCCUCAGAUGUUGGUUAACUUUUUAUCCAAGAGAAAGAACAUUUCUUUUAUUGGCUGCAUGAUUCAAUUUCACUUUUUUAUUGCCCUGGUGAUCACAGAUUACUAUAUGCUUGCAGUGAUGGCUUAUGACCGUUAUGUCGCCAUCUGCAAGCCCUUGUUAUACACUAGCAAAAUGUCUCGGGGUGUCUGUCUUUCUCUUGUGAUGACGCAGUACAUUUACGGCUUUGUAAAUGGUCUAAUACAGACCAUCCUGAUGUUUCGUUUAACGUUUUGUGGACCCAAUGAGAUCAAUCACUUCUACUGUGCAGACCCACCACUCAUGGUCCUGGCUUGCUCAGACACCUACGUGAAAAAAACUGCUAUGUUUGUGGUGGCAGGGUCCAACCUCAGCUGCUCUCUCACCAUCAUCCUCAUCUCCUACAUUUUCAUCUUUACAGCCAUCCUGAGAAUCCGUUCAGCAGAGGGGAGGCGCAAGGCCUUCUCUACUUGUGGGUCCCACCUGACAGCUGUUACCAUCUUUUAUGGAACAUUGUUCUGCAUGCACCUUAGACCCCCUUCUGAGACAUCUGUAGAACAAGGGAAAAUUAUAGCUGUCUUUUAUAUCUUUGUAAGUCCUAUGUUAAACCCAUUCAUCUAUAGUCUGAGGAAUAAAGAUGUGAAAAAUGCAAUAAGGAAAGUUAUCCAGAAAUGA